AUGUCUCUCAAGAAAGUCCUCCUCGUUGGUGCAAACGGUACCCUGGGCUCAGUCCUCCUUGAAGGUCUCGUGUCUUCAAACUCAUUCGACGUCUCCGUCGCCAAACGUCAAUCUUCCAAAUCGACCCCAGCGCAUGCAGACUCCGUCAACAUCGUCACCAUCCCAGAUGACUUCGCCAUUGACGCUCUAGUCUCUGCAUUGAAGGGUCAAGAUGUCGUUAUUGCUUCGUUCCCAUUGACGAAUGUUGUUGACCAGCAUUUACGUCUUGCGGAGGCUUCUGCAAAGGCAGGUGUUAAGCGAUUUAUCCCUGCGGACUUUGGAAGCUGUGAUGCGCAGAGCGAGCAGAGCAAGAAGCUUCUUAAGCUGUACAGAGAUAAGGAUGAAGUGAGAAACAAAGCUAUCGAGCUUACGAAGGAGUAUUCCAGCUUCUCAUGGACCUCUAUCGUGUGUGGACAUUUCUUUGACUAUGGUAUCCGCGAUGGUCUGUUACACACCGAUCUCAACACCAAUAGCGCUGUGAUUCUUGAUAAGGGCGACGUUCCCGCCUCAGCAUCCACCCUCUCCCGCGUCGCCGAGUCCCUCGUCGCAGUCCUCAAACACCCCUCCACAACCGCCAACCGACUCCUCUACGUGCAAAGUUUCUGCAAGACGCAACUCGAAGUAGUAGAAGCGCUCGAAAAAGCUACAGGCGCAGUGUGGGAGAAGGAGCAUGUCAACUCGGACGAGUUCCUGAAGGAGCAGGUUGACAAGAUGGCUGUCAAAUAUGACCCUCAUGCGUUGGAGAAGAUUGUGUUUGUGCUGGGUGCGCUGGAUGCGGAGUGGCCUAAGAAGGGGGAUUUUGCGAUGAAAGAAUUGGAGCUUGAGGAUGAGGAUCUCGAUGAAGUCAUGAAGGGGAUCGUAAAUGAGUGGAGGAAAGAGAGAGAAAACAGCAGGAGAAGUGACGGGAUGGGACUUGUUAUCUAG